UUUCGUCCGCAUAUAAAGAGGGCACAGCAGAGGAAAUGUGCAUAGCUUCGGAUAACUCUGAAAUGGCUGCUUUCAAGACUGUACUUGGCAUUUCCAUUCUCGCCACCUGUGCCUUGGCUGCUGGUAGAUAUGGUAGUCAUGGAGGAGGAUUUGGACAAGGUGGAUCACUAGGAGGAGGCCUUGGACUUGGUGGAAGCGUUGGAGGAGGGCUUGGGCAUGGUGGAAGCAUUGGAGGAGGCUUUGGACAUGGUGGAAGCAUUGGAGGAGGCUUUGGACAUGGUGGAGGCUUUGGAAGAGGUCCUAAAAUCGUACCAGCAAUUGGUGGAUUUGUAAAAUCAUCCAAAAGUUACGGAAGUGCUGGAAGUCAUGGAGGUAUAGGGUUUGGAAGCCAUGGAAUCAGUGGAGGCUCCAUUGGUGGUGGACUUGGAGUUCAUUUGGUGGAGGUCAUGGAAGCAGCGGAGGCUCCUUUGGUGGUGGACAUGGAGGUUCAUUUGCUGGAGGUCAUGGAAGCAGCGGAGGCUCCUUUGGUGGUGGACUUGGAGGUUCAUUUGCUGGAGGUCAUGGAAGCAGCGGAGGCUCCUUUGGUGGUGGACUUGGAGGUUCCGCUGCUGGUGGUCUCGGACUUCAUGGAGGGUCCAUCGGUGGUGGAUUUGGAGGUUCAGGCAUUGGAGGUCAUGGAAGCAGCGGAGGCUCCUUUGGUGGUGGACUUGGAGGUUCAUUUGCUGGAGGUCAUGGAAGCAGCGGAGGCUCCUUUGGUGGUGGACUUGGAGGUUCUGCUGCUGGAGGUCUCGGACUUCAUGGAGGCUCUAUCGGUGGUGGAUUUGGAGGUUCAGGCGUUGGAGGUCAUGGAAGUUCCAUCACUGGAGGGGUGGUAGCUAUGGCAAAUAGUAAACAGAUACCAGAAAUCCUGAGCAUGCACUCAUCACGAGAAAUUUUUUCGUGAUAGUAGAUAAAUAAAUGAAAAGCUAUAA